UUAUUUACUGCUAUCUUAAUAUUGUGUAUCAUAGCCCCCAUUCAUCACCACCGAUCAAUCGCUCGGUCAGGCCUUCUCUCAAUUCGGCAAAGUCAUCGAAUCGAAGAUUGUCAACGAUCGAGAGACCGGUAGAUCGAGAGGAUUCGGUUUCGCGACAUUCAAGAAUGAGCAAUCCAUGAGGGAUGCGAUCGAGGGGAUGAACGGACAGGAAUUGGACUGCCGUAAUAUCACCGUCAACGAGUCUCAGUCUCGCGGAAGCAGCGAUGGAGGUUUCUGUGGCCCACGCCGCGAGGGUGGCGGGGGCGGUGGUGGUGGUUACGGGCACUGCGAGGGCGGUGGCGGUGGCGGAGGAUAUGGUCGUUGUGCUAUGAUUUCGAUCGAUGUAUUUGAUAGUGAAGUUGGAUUUUCAAUUAUGACUACAGAAAAUCUAGGCGAUAAAGAUCUCUUUCUGAAUUGCCUUGCCUCAAAUUCAAUGCAGAAAAUCCAGUCGUAUAACAUCACAGCAAGUCUUCCUCUUCAUAAAUCCAAAGGGGCUUUAUUGAUAAAAGGGACUAGCGCAGCUUUUCCAAAAAUAAAUUUCCAUGAUCACUUUCGUCAGGCUUUAUCCUAUCGAGGUGAGCACCAUGCAAAAAGCAAGAAUGUUGGGGGCAUUGCACAGGUACAAGAAUUGAUCACAAAAACUGGAAUUCCUUCAACCAUCACUUCUCCUCUUGCAUCUCUACACAUGGGAAAUUGGGUUAAGCUCAUUUGUGGGGCUAGCUUUGAGGACGUAACUGAUAUCAGGAAUUUGUCUCUGGUUUACACUCUUGCUGGAGUUGACUGCAUUGAUUGUGCGGCUGAGGCAUCUGUCAUCAAUGCUGUAAAUGAAGGAAUUGAAGCAGCAAGAUGUAUUCUUCCCAUACGAAGGCCAUGGGUGAUGAUCAGUGUGAAUGAUGGUGAAGAUUUGCAUUUUCGUAAAGCUGAAUUCAAUCCAGAUGAUUGUCCACUGGAUUGCUUGAGGCCGUGUGAGAAUGUUUGCCCUGCUGAUGCAAUCUUCUCAAACUCGAGCAAAGCUGAUCUAUCCAAGGGCGUCUUAGCUGAACGAUGUUAUGGUUGUGGUCGUUGCUUACCAAUCUGCCCAUAUGAUAAUAUAAGAGCAAUUACAUACGUACGAGAUGUUACUGCUACCGCCGAACUUCUGCAACGGGAUGAAGUCGAUGCAAUUGAAAUUCACACUAGUGGAAGGCAGGCAGAGUCAUUCCAAGAACUCUGGGAUGGUCUGGGAGAUUCCAUUCACAAGCUGAGGCUUGUCGCUGUUAGCUUGCCUGACUUGGGGGAGUCGACUAUACCUGCAAUGGAUUCUAUGUACACAACAAUGAAGGCGAACCUCCAUUGCCUCAAUUUAUGGCAGUUGGAUGGCCGCCCUAUGAGCGGAGAUAUUGGUCGAGGCACAACGAGGGAAGCAAUCAAAUUUGCUCUACAUUUAGCCUCUCUCGAAGACAAGCCAAAAGGUUUUCUUCAACUAGCUGGCGGUGCAAAUGCUCACACGGUUGAGGGGCUAAAAAAGGAAAGGCUAUUUCAAACCACAUCCAUUUUCGAUGAUUCGAAGGUGCCUCUCAACGACUCACCUGAAACAUCACAUGCUUUGAUAAGUGGAGUAGCUUUUGGUGGCUAUGCACGAAAGAUAGUUGGGAGGGUUCUUAGCUCGUUGCAGUCGGACUAUGGGUAUGCGCGUCUUGAAGAUCACCCAGACCAUCUUCUGAAAGCACUGGAGGAGUCUCUUGCUUUGGUUGGGACCGUGAAAUGCUACAAUGCAACUUAGGAGUAGCCGUAUCAACCUCCGGCUUUAUAUGAAUUUUCUCAGUCCAAUGCAUAUUCUUUUUGAGAUAAUUUAAAAAUUUGUGUAGAGAGAAAAAUAUACUAGGUCUGUACUUGACCUUCUCGAGUGUAUUGAUAAAGUGAAACUCGAUAAAUGGACUAAAGUGGCUUGUAACAACUUGUUAUUCUAUGAAUUAACUACUUGCA